CGCCUUCACAUCCAGCGCUUUGCCAUCAGACUGCAGUUGUUGCCUAUUUGUGGGAAGUUGCUGGCUGUUCGCAGCAAAAGCCUCUUCUCUCCCCCCCGACCUUCUGACCGCCGGACAGAGGAAUUAUGAGCAGGGCUGACCCAGCCUCUAACACCCUGCCUUGAAUCAUUCUGUGUUUCCCCCACCGAAACGACCCGAACCGAGCAUGGACGCUAGACUCUGCUUCCUUCUGACUUUUCUCCUCCAGCAGAUCGCUCAAGCAGAAGGAGCCCAUGCUGGCUGCGUACCUGGCUUCCAGGUCAAAAACUACCAGUUGGUGUAUGCUGGACCUUUCCGGAAAGGCCAUCCUCUUUUACGAGUUGAGUUUGAUGACUGUGAAGGAAAUAAGAAUGUGACGUUUGAAGUGUCAGAUCCCAACUUCCAAGUGGAUGGAGAUUUGAACCUCGUUCCACAUCAAGACGUGGAGUUCUGUGAGCCAGCGUUGUUGAUCCAUUGGUUGGGCACACAUGCAGAUGACAUGGCACAGGUGGACAUUUCAGGACUUCCUGUUCAGUCAGCAAACACUCUCAGGAAUGCCCUGGGCCUUGGCCAGAAGUUACCAUACAGAACGAAGAGGUCCCUCCUUGUCCCUCCCAUGAGUGUGACUGAGAACCAGAGACCUCCAUUCCCCAGGAUCAUUGGCAAGUCUCAUGUAAUUUCACCAGCAAAGCCAAUGAACCAAAUCUUCCGGCUGAAAGGCCCUGGUGCUGACCAAGAUCCCAAAGGUCUCUUCACCAUUGACAUAGACACUGGAGAUGUGUCAGUCAGCCGCUCACUGGACCGAGAGAUCAUCGACUCCUACCUGCUGGAGGUAUCAACCACAGACUUUUCUGGGAAUGUCAUCGAGGGACCCGCCAUACUUGUGAUCACUGUGAUUGACCAAAAUGACAACCGGCCCAUCUUCAAAGAAUCCCGUUAUACCGGAGAGGUGCUUGAGGGAUCCCCUACAGGAACCACGGUGAUGACAAUGAUGGCGUUUGAUGCAGAUGACCCUUCCACAGAUAACGCUGUUCUGCGUUACAACAUCAUCAGACAGUCCCCGGACAAACCUUCACCAAACAUGUUCUACAUUGACGCAGAGAGAGGCGACAUUGUCACCGUGAUUUCUCCAACGUUACUCGACAGAGAAACUCUCCCAACAACAACAUAUGAAUUAGAGAUCGUGGCCAAGGACAUGGCAGGAAGUGAGGUGGGCCUUACAGGAACAGCCACAGCUACCAUCACCAUCACAGACAAGAACGACCAUGCCCCAGAGUUCACACAUCCACUGUUUGAGGCUCAUGUACAUGAAGGCUCAAGGGGUGUCAUAGUCAACCUGACGGUGGAUGACAGAGACGACCCGGCCACGGGGGCAUGGAGAGCUAUGUACUCCAUAAUCAGUGGAGAUCCCAAACAGAGUUUUGAGAUCCAAACAAAUCCUGACAACAAUGAAGGGAUGCUCUCAGUGGUCAAGCCUCUAGACUAUGAGACGGUUGAGCUCCACACACUUCUCAUCAGAGUGGAGAACGAGGAUCCUUUGGUUCCUGAUGUCGGCUAUGGUCCCAGCUCCACAGCAACUGUCCGUGUCACUGUCGAGGGCAUCAAUGAGGGACCUGUCUUUUUCCCAGACCCGUUGAUAGUCACAAGGAUGGAAAACAUCCCUGUUGGCAGCUUCGUGGCUUCACUCAAUGCAACUGAUCCAGACAUUCGGGAGAUCCAGAGCAUCAGAUAUUCUGUACUGCGGGACCCAGCUGGCUGGCUGAGUGUGAACCCAGUCAGAGGAACUGUCAACACCUCAGCCGCGUUGGACCGAGAGUCGCCUUAUGUCCAAGCAAAUAAAUACACAGCUCUCUUCAUCGCCACCGACAAUGGCACCCCUCCAGCCACAGGGACAGGUACACUGAUCAUUCAUCUGGAAGACUACAAUGACAAUGCUCCGUUUGUGGUGCCAUCUGUAGCACAGGUGUGUGAAGAUGCUAAUGAUUUGAAUGUAGCCAUCGUUGGAGGUCGGGACAAGGACCUGCCGCCAAACGCAGCACCAUAUAAGAUAGAACUGGGAAAACAACCAGGCCUGGAUAAAAUAUGGAGGGUCACCAGACUCAACUCCACACACUCCCAAAUCAUGCUUCUGCAAAGUUUGAAGAAAGCCAACUACCAGCUCCCACUGCUCAUCACUGACUCAGGGGUGCCACCUUUGUCCAACAGCACAGAGGUUAAAGUUCAGGUGUGCAUCUGUACAAAGACCAAGAGAUACUGCAGCUCUGCCCACUCCCACCGCACUAGCCUUGUUGUGCUGCUUGCAACACUCCUGCUCGUCCCACUCUGCUUGUAAGUUCUGCUGAAACCUCUCAUAGUCCUUUUUGCAACACUGAAAAGCAACGACUUAUCUCCCCCCACGCGACCCAGGCUUAGGAGAGACGGACAAGAAGAAGAUGCAGCAAGAAGAAAUCUCUCCACAAUGAGUCAAACAAGCAAAUAUAGAAUAUUCUCACUGACACAGCAGCUGUAUAUCACUAAUGUUAUUUUAGUAGAAUGACUUCUUGCUUCUUCAUUCUUUCUCUCCAUCUUUUUCUUGAUUCGCCUGCUCUUCUCCUGCCUUUUCAUGUCUUGAUUUCAGAUUAUUUUUUCUCACUCUGACUCCUCCAUCUUUCUCUCUCUCUAUAUUUUUUUGUUUUCAUCCAUCAUUGAUUUUAUAAUUUACUUUUUCAACUUGUCACUGUAUUGCAUUUGGCACCUCUCUGUUGCAGUGACAGAAAUAUAGUGGGUGUUAGCAUUAUUCUUGGCAUCAUGCCACAUCUCUAGGCGAUACUUGAAAGAAUGUCAAUGAUGAUAUUGUAAGACAAAAAACAUGUUUAACUCUUUAUGAACCGUAAUACUCCAGUUGUUAGCCUUGUUGACACCCAUGGAUCUCCCCCACCUUGCCCACUCCCCCCUUCAUGGCUACCUCUUUCACCUGUGUCCCCCCCACCCCUUCCCCAAUGCAGAUUGCCUGACUGCGUAUAAGCGUCUCCUUACCUGUCUGUCCUUUAUUGACCUGCGUGACCAUCGCCGGGCCAGCGAACACUGCAGCGGCUCAGCUGCUGUCCUGGUUGCUGAAGAGCGGUGACUUUUUUUGACGUGUUCUUUUGUUUUCUCGUCACAGACCGUGUUUGCUCUUGUUUUUUUGUCUUGAAGCAGAAAGAACAAAAACCUGUUUUUCUUUUUCUGCGGUGGUUGUGGUCUUUUAGGACAAGGUUGUAGCCAUAAGCCUUCAAAGUAAGAGACUCUGGAGUUGUUUCUUUAAUUUGCUUCUGUUCCUAUUGCAUUAGUUGUCAUGGAGUGGAAAUCAGUAAAUCUUUACAGUAAUGGUGUGAACCUUAAAAAAAAGUACUAUUAUAUAAAUAUUUUUAUUUUUUACCAUUGUAUAAAUAUACAGUAUUGAUUAACUUAUGUAGUUUGAUUGCAACAUUUUUUGUCAUACACACAGUACAUACUUUUAAAAACUGAAAACCCUUUUUUUCUGUGAAUUUAGAAACUAUUUCUAAAGCUAUUGUUGUGUUCACUGUUUUACUGUAACAUAUUUAGUUGUUUUCUUUAGUUUCUAUUGUUUUCCUUUUUAAUGUGUGAUUAAUUGCACAAUCAGGAGUGAUGUUUUGUUGAUUGCAGCUGUAUUAGGUUUGGAUCUCCCGUCAUUUUUGCCUUUCCUGUUCUCUGUCCAUCUCUCAUUACAAGUCAAAAGAAAUUGUGUAAGAAGAAAACAAAGAAUUUGGUUUUGGUGGAUAGUUUUGCUCUCUGUUGUUGGCAUUCAUUGGAGAAACUUGCCAUGUAUAGGUUUGUCUGGAAGACCAACUUAAACUAAAGAGGACAUUAUGAAUGAGUUCUGUCUGUCUUUUGCACUAAUUUAAUAAAGCCGUUACUGAAAG